AUGUUUGGUUACGAUCUCAUCAACCUCGUCUCGAACGUCCUCUUAAGGGAUAUAGAUUUGACGCAGCCUCUCGUCCCAUCCCGCAAUUUGAAGUUCAAUAAGCAGUGCAUGGGCCUUACAAGCUUCGAUUGGGAUAAUCGACUACGUUCGAAACAGGCUGUUCUGCGAAGAACGCCCCUGGAUCCGCCCGGCCAACUGUGGACAAUACUCAGGUCCUUUUAUGACCUCGAGGGGAGGUUACACCAUGUCCACUAUGAUGUUACUCCCGGAAAAGAUGUCUCGUUGCUUGACUAA